AUUGUAAAGUGAAGACAGCAUUACGCUUAUUUUAUUGUUUGUGAAUUAAUAUUUUGGAUAGGCGUCAUGUUCUGGCAAAUUUCCUCGAUUUUCUUAUCCUUGAUAUAGCUUCGGUUAUUUUCGAAGGCAUCGGACUAGGGAAUAUGUGGGUGUUGAUUCACUGCCCUCACUGAUCGGCGCGGGGGUAGAGCGAGAUCUUUGCUUGGUUAAGAAAGAACGGAUACCAGCCGGUGAUAUCAAAACUGCCUUCUUGCUGUAUGUCUGGCGUGCUUCGUAGAUUUCAUGUCGGAAUACUCGUUAAUGCAACCUUCUCGAUGGUACAUUGAAAACUUUUUCAAUUCAAAAGGGAUAUGACGAGAGCGAAUCGGUUAUAAGUUGUUGUGUUUGCUUGCUUGCUUUUUAGAAUAAUUCGUUAACCCCGCCGUCGGCCUGUAUCCUUGUGGUAAAUUGCGCCAAAUUGGAUAUACGGAGCUCCCAAAGCCAGACAAUCAUUAUACGGUCAUACUUACGUUUAUAGGGCCAUAGAAUACGUCUAUGCUUAGAUCUGCAGCAAUUAGGUGGUUGGGAUCAUCGGCGUACUUAUCCUAAUAAUGGCAGCCUUGAAGAUUGUGGCAAGCCUGUUUGCGACAAUUCUAGGCCGCGCAGGAACAGUAGCUAAUCCUGUAGUGGCGGUGAGGAAUGGUAGCUACGAAGGCCUAUAUCUUCCAGCUUUCGACCAAGACAUAUUUCUCGGUAUACCAUACGCUCAAGAUACUGGCGGUGCGAACCGAUUUCGUAUCCCGCAAUCUUUGGAUGAGACAUGGGAUGGUAUUCGGAAUGCUAAAGCUUAUGGUCCUGGCUGUCCGGAUUAUUACUUGUCGGCCGAGGAGUUGCAUGGUAUGAGCGAGGAUUGUCUCAGUAUUAACAUCGUACGCCCUGCUGGAAUAAGCAAUAAUAGUAAUGGCAGCGAUGGCAGUCCCCGGCUUCUUCCGGUUAUGUUCUGGAUUCAUGGGGGCGGGUAUCAGUAUGGUGGUAGCGGCGAGUCCAACUAUAACUUAACGUACCUGGUGCAGAAAUCAGUGGAAAUUGGCUUGCCUAUUAUAGGUGCCAGCAUCAACUAUCGGAAAGGGGGCUGGGGAAACAUGUAUUCUGUUGAGAUUCAGGGGUCAGGGAACACUAAUUUGGCGCUACGAGACAUGCGUAAAGCGCUAGCUUGGGUUCAAGAGAACAUUGAAUCCUUUGGGGGCAACGCCUCUUCAGUAACGAUUUGGGGCCAGUCGGCGGGGUCAUUCGCUGUGGGCCAACUCUUGAUGAGCUAUGGCGGACGAACAGACGGUCUUUUUCAUCGGUCAAUUCAGGAGAGUGGAAGCGCGACGACAGCGUGGUGCAAUGGAUCAGAUUGGUACCAGCCUAUUUAUAAUAAUAUUGUCGACCAAGUUAACUGCAGCUCGGUUCCGGAUACGCUAGAAUGCUUGCGAACUGUCGACUAUAAGGCUUUAUACCCCUUUUUGAACUCGUCUGCUGUUCCCGGGCCUGGAUUCUACCCUACCGUUGAUGGUGACGUGCUGCCGAAUUACCCAUCGGAACUUUUGCGCUCCGGGCGUUUCGCACACAUACCACACCUAUAUGGGACCACAUCCGACGAAGGUACCGAUAAUGCCCCUUUAGGCAUUGAUUCGGAUACGGAAUUGCGAGAUUUUCUGUUACAUGGCACGGGUUUUGACUUUCCUGAUGCCACGGUUGAUCGUAUUUUGGAGUUAUACCCGGAUGAUCCAGCACAAGGUAUUCCUUUAAACACAGGAUCCGAGCGUUUUGCGGAUAAAGGAUGGCAAUACAAGCGAGUGGCGGCAAUUGUCGGUGAUGUCUUCUACCACGGGCCGCGCCGGUACGAUGUCCGUCACUAUUCUCCCCAUUCGCCGACAUAUUCAUAUCGAUUUAACACUCGUCCAUGGGAGAACACAUCCGCCAAUGUUACGGCAACGAAUAACUCUACCGUUUCUGGAGGAGGGCAGCUUGCACCAGCUUAUAAGGGUGUUGAACAUUUUAGCGAGGUGGCUUUUGUAUUCGCUAACCCCACGACGGUAGGGCCUUGGCCGGAAUACCGUAAGCUGAGCGACCAGAUAAGCACCCAGUGGCUGCGAUUCGCUCACACGGGGAAUCCAAACGGACCGGGUUUACCACAGUGGCCCCGAUAUGACGAAAGCGACGACGGUCUCAAUCUAGUAAUAGAGACGGAAGUGCAAGGUGGAUCAUAUGUAGAGGCUGAUACGUACCGAUUAGCCGGUCGUCAAUACUUAACACAAUGGGCCAGGAGGAGACACGUUUAAAACAGCAGCAAGUCCUAGACCGAAUACGGAUUCUGCUUAUGGUGAUAUUAGUCUUGCUAAUAACUGUUGCCGUCUGGAAAU